GAUAUGUACUGCGCAUAGCCGCAUACGCAUAAAGCCGCAGGUACAUAAAGCCAGCGUACGAGCUACUUGGCCAGUUCAAUCGCUGUCCAUACUGAAAUGGGAAAUAGUGUACAGGAUAACCUCCUCAGACUUCUUCUCUGUUGCUGCCUGCGGCUGCUUCGGCCGUCCCUUGGCAUGCCGACGGUGCAUACGCUCGGCGAGAUUACUAUGAGACGGAUAAACUGGACGAGAGAGGGCGUUUCUGGCUACACGCAAAGUGAGCCGUUGUACGUGGUGUUGUACGAUAUCCUGAAGUUUCAGUGCGAAGAACAGAGCACCGAUUUGUAUACUUACUGCGGUUAAUUUACGUAGCAAUAAGAUUAUAGCUAAUAGCCUAGCUAGGAGUCCGUAUAUAGGCUAUUAUGUAACAGCCUUUUCAUAUAGUUACACACUCAGAGUUGCAUGUACGUUAGUACUGCUGCUCAUGGUAUCAUCUUCACCUUUGACAGGAAGACUGCAUACAAAAACGUC